UGAAACUUGACAGAUUCUUCAGACUUUAUUGUAGAAGCUGCAUUUAAUUUACGUAAUGUAGGAUGAUGUAUAGUGAAGCGUUUCGCAGAACACAUCCAUGAGUUGAGGACGCUAGUUUGUUGCACUUGCAUCACACCACACCGCAAUGUCCAAGUUGCUUGUCAGUUGUACUGAAUGGAUGCACCACAUGUUUUUUGCUCGGCUCAAGGGUAGAUCGAUAUCGCCUGACAGGGCUUGCCCAUCAAUGUUUCCAGGCGUUGACCAGAGCUAAAAGAAAGUGGCAAUGGCGAGUGACAAUGAGGCCGUGAAGGGUGACUUGGGGACAACUUCCUCCGCUUCGACAUGGCUUGGCCCAGUGAACGAUGAAGAACACACUGGCUUGUUCAUCGAUGGGGAAGGCUUCUUGAAUGAAGGGCUCGAGAUGACGCAGGAGCAUAACGAUGGAACCUGCGAACCUUGCCUUUUCUUCACCUCAAAGCGAGGAUGUGCCAAUGGCCGGUCAUGUGGCUUUUGCCACCUGUCGCAUGUUGCCAGGUCUGCGCCUCGUCCCAGGAAACAAACCCGAGACAAGAUCAAGGAAAUGGUGGAGGAAAUGUUCACCGUGGGUGGCCCGGACUUGCACAAGCGCCUGCAGGAAGAAGCCAAGAAACAUACAUAUGCCAUGAGUAUCAUCCAAGGAUACCUUGAUAUGGACAAUUUGCCCGCCGUGGAUCUCGAAGCCACAUGGGACUCCAAACUGGGCUAUGUACUCUCCUUGUGAUGAAAUACUCUCCUUACCAACCCACUACUAUUUUCAAGCAGCAAGUUUGCUGCAGCAAAGGAACGAUGCUUUGCGAGUUUCAAUCAUCGUACCCCCGGUACCCCCGCUACCCCCCCUGUGAUGACCUUCAGCCAGGUGUUUGAUACGAUGCACGAAUGAUAUACGAAUGCCGCCUUAUUUUUGAAAAUUGUAGUCUAGUUGCCGCCUUCCGGACUAAGGGAUAUGCGAGAUUCCAAAAAGAUAUCGCGCGUCUUGUGCUGGGUAAACUUGUCAGUGCAUGGAUUUGGGCCGCAAACAACGAGUG